AUGGCUUGCACAGGUCUGCUUCAGAAACAAAUGGCCUCUGGCGCGUCCAGCAAUGCUGUUGAACGAAAGGUCAUUGUCGGCGGAGGGAGCGCUGGGUUCUUCAUGGCCUCUCUGACCGCCCACCACUUCACACCGUCCCCCAUUGCACUGCUCUCAGUCACCGGUAUCACCACCUUCCGCCAUCGCUUCUUCAACUCUUCAGUCUUGCUCACGCCAGAGCCCAUCACUGAAUCGCAAAUGUCGCACCAUCUUGCGGCAGCCGUCUCUGUGGGAACUACAUCGGCCAACAACCCCCAAGUCUUUCAUCUCGACAAGCUCUUACCUGACGGGACCAAGAACGCCAACUUUGAUGUCACCACGGUUCCUAUCACAGAAGAUGGCAACACCGAUGAGUUUCCCCGCAGGUGUCUCUACGAUUACUAUGUGUAUAGGAACGAGUUCCCUGGGCUCGUCGGAGAUAUUGACCCGGGAUAUAAAUGGGCCAAAGAAGCAAGUGCUAAAGACAAGGUCGCAGCUUGGCCACCGACGACCAUAAUCCAAGGCAACUCAGACGAGGACGUCGAUCUCGCCGUCAGUACUCACAUGGUUGGAUGUCUGGGAGAAGACAAGGCCAAACUGUUUCUCGCCGAAGGCCAGCCGCACCGAUACGAAGCCACCAGGUUUCUCGAGGAUGACGUCGACGGGAUGGACGCAGUAAGGCAAGCCGUCUCGAACCUCGAGGCCGACGUUGCUCGUGUGGCCUAG